AGACGAAGGGAAGGUGAGGCCUCCCGCUUGACCUUAGACAUGUACAUGAACGCAAACAGGACCCCAGUAAAUGGGGAUAUAUUUCAAACACUAACACCGCUUGAGCAAGAACUGAGCAAGACCCUUACCAGAAUAGAAAUCAGAGGAAAGAGAGGUAGAAAAGUGCCAAUUCUCCUACCAGAUAGAACAAAAGCAUCAAUUGAUUUCCUGAUAGAAAAAAGAAAAGAAGCUGGUGUACCUGAUCAGAACCCUUUUGUCUUCGCAAGACCUUCUGCAAUGUCAAACUUUCGUGGCUGUGACUGUCUGAGGAGAUUUUCAGAAGAGAGCAAGGCAGAAAACCCAGGACUCCUUAGAUCAACCAAACUAAGAAAGCAGGUUGCUACACUUUGUCAGCUGCUGAAUCUUGACCAGCAAGAGUUGGAGCAAGUUGCGAGAUUCAUGGGACAUGACAUUAGGGUGCACUGUGAUUUUUACAGACAAACAGAUAAAACACUUCAGCUGUCAAGGAUCAGCAAACUUCUCUUUGCAAUGGAGAAAGGCACGGAGACCAUCAAAGGCCAGAAUCUCAACACUCUUGACUUUUCACUUCCUGGUAGCAGUAUGGCACAAACUGACAGCCCACAGACAGACAGACCAGUAGUGAGCAUGGAACCUCAUGAGGAUGAUGAAGGUGUAUCUGGCUUCACUGCCACAAUCAAGAAGAAAAGGCGAAUGGAGCCUCAUGAUGCUGAUGAUGGUGGCACCUGCACCGGGGUUAAGAGAAAGCUGACAGAAGAUCCUGGAUUUGACUCGCCAGAGAAGGAAAGACCGCAGAGGAGAAGGAAAGAAGUGGAUGAUGAAGAUGACCGUGAAUUUAUAGAAAUGGAUGUGAACAAAAAUUGUGAAUCUGGCUCUAGUAAUCAGCAGAAGAAGAAGCAGAUAGAACAGCCCGAGGGUGAUGGUGUCUCUAGCUCUGGCGCCAUGACCAGCAUGCAGAAGAGGAAGGCAGGGCUGAUGGCAGAGCGCAAGAGAUCUCAACCUAGGAGGCGUGGAUGGAGUGAGGAGGAGCAGGCUGCGGUUUUAAAACAUUUAGCUGUAUUCAUCGAGAGGCACCAGGUCCCUGGAAAAGCUGACUGUUUAAAAUGUACUGAGACUGAGAGUGCCUUAAAACACAGAACAUGGAGGGAUGUUAAAUACUUUGUCCAUAAUAGAAUAGUGAGUCUUGCUAAAACAAAUCCUUGAACGUAUGCAAUAAUCCAAUCAUAAGCCAUUUCUGCCGUUAUGAUUUCUCAGUACAUGCAUAUUUUUUACUGUUUUUUUAUUUUUAUUUUAUUUUUUUAUGCAUUUAUUUUGGUCUGCUGAAUAAUCAGCAUUUUAUAGGGCAUUUUCACCUGAACGUCCGGACCACAGUUCUCACCAUGUUUCAUGUGUUUGUUACAUUGUAUGCAGUACAUUUGUUCCAGUUAGUUUAGAUUAGGUUUAGUGAGCUGAAUAAAUAACUACAUCCUGUCCUCAAUCAGAUGACAUGCUAAAUUCCAGCAACAAAAUAUGUGUAAAACAUUAUUAUCCUCAGCUUCCUUUUAUUUGCCUGCAUGCCAAGGGGAGUUGUGAUAUUGGCCAAACACUAGUUUUUUUUUUGUUUGUUUGUUUUUUUACUCCCUCUGUUAAAACCCCUUAACAACCCCGACUGUCAUUUGUCUGCCGGACAUUAAACCCCUAAAGAAAUUUCUUGAAUACAAAUUAAACAUUUCAUGUCCACCAAAGUUUUAUGUCUGCUAGUUUUAACAUGCAGAAUUUGGAUUG